ACGAUCAGAGUUUCGAAACUCAAAAAGGAAAAGGAACAAAUUCAGAAAGACAGCUUGACAUAAGGAAGAAAGAUGUCCAAUACUUCUAAAGCUCUAGGAUAUGAAAGUGUAGACGCCUUCCUGGAGGAAUGCUUGAGAGAAAAACCACCUGAAGAAGUUAAAAAAUUCUACGCAAACUGGGCUGCCAACUAUGACAAGGAAGUAAAAGAAAUUGAGUACAACGGACCCGAAUUAUUUGCGAAAUCCUUUAUAAAGUUAAAUGUACCACAAAAUGUCAAAAUCAUAGACAUAGCAGCUGGAACGGGAACUCUCGGAGAAAAGCUGAAUGCAAUGGGUUACAAGUAUAUCGAUGCUUUGGAUGGAACACCAGAGAUGUUAGAUAUCGCCAGAAAGAAAAAUGUAUACAGAAAUUUCUAUCAGUUCUUCCUGGGGUGUGGUUAUGAGUCGCCAAUCAAAGAUGGUACUUAUGACGUAGCAAUGUGGAGUGGCGCAUUUGGACAAGGACAUAUUCCAUACACUGCUUUCCACGAAAUUAUUGCCAUGGUAAAACAAGGGGGUCUAGUCUGCUGGUUGUUCGAGUACCCUACUGAACAGAACGACGAAGAAAACUUCAAGAGCGUAAUGGACGAUUUAACAGACAACGGCAAGUGGAAAGCUAUUCAAGAUCCUGUUUGUUUAGACGAAUAUUUGAAUCAUAAUAGUGGAAUGUUUUAUGCGAUGAAAAAACUGUAGCCUUUAAUUGGAUCUGAAAUUCAAAUUUGUGAGAUGAUAUUUUUUUCAAGAUUUCUCGAUAAUAUAAAGUCAUGCUGAUGAUUAUUUGAAA